UUAAAAUUUAAUCAACAACGUCAUUUUUGUUUUGAUUCGGCUCUUGAACAUUAUCACAUCACGAUUCAAUUAUUUUUCGUUUUUAUUUCAUUUAAAUCCCGCUCCUCCAAAAUGCUUCGUGCCAUCCAAAAGUCUUUCAGCCCUGCACUGGCCAGAUCUUAUACAACGAAACUAGCCCAACCCACGGCGGUACGGAUCGUCGAGGUGGGCCCUCGGGAUGGUCUGCAGAACGAGCCGACGAUCCUGCCGGCGGCCACCAAAAUCGAGCUGAUCAAUGCCCUUUCGGAGACGGGCCUGCGCACGAUCGAGGUGACCAGCUUCGUCAGUGCCAAGUGGGUGCCCCAGAUGGGCGACAACAGCGAGGUGCUGCGGGGGAUCAACAAGGUGCCCGGAAUCAGCUAUCCGGUGCUGACGCCCAACCUGAAGGGAUUCGAAGCGGCGAUUGCAGCCGGUGCUGAGGAAGUGGCCGUUUUCGGUGCCGCCUCCGAGAGCUUCACCAAGAAGAACGUCAAUUGCUCAAUCGAGGAGAGCUUGGCCCGCUUCCAGGACGUGAUGGAUGCUGCGAAAAAGGCGCAGGUCAAAGUCAGAGGAUACGUUUCGACGGUCGUUGGUUGCCCUUACGAGGGCAAAAUCAAGCCUUCGGCCGUGGUCCGAGUCGUUGACAAGUUGCUCGAAAUGGGCUGCUACGAGAUUUCCCUGGGCGACACCAUCGGCGUUGGAACGCCGGGAAGCUUCACCGAAAUGCUCCGCGAGGUCACCCGAAUCGCUCCGGUCAACAUGCUGGCCGUUCACUGUCACGACACGUACGGUCAGGCCCUGCCCAAUAUCCUAACGUCGCUGGAUUUCGGAAUCGCAGUCGUGGACGCAUCGAUUUCCGGCCUCGGAGGAUGUCCGUACGCGCGGGGGGCGUCCGGAAAUGCCGCCACCGAGGACGUGGUUUACAUGUUGCACGGGCUUGGCAUUGAGACCGGCAUCGAUUUGCCGCGGUUGGUCAAUGUGGGGAAGUUUAUCAGCGAAAAGUUGGGUCGCCAGUCGGAGUCGAAGGUGAAUCGGGCCAUGCGGAAGACCAAGUGCUGAAGGUUGAUUUGCGGAGCGAGUUUGGACCAUGUUUGUUAGCGGGUGAUAAGAGCAUUUAUUAGACUAAGCUUACCAGAUUUUUUGAUGAAAUUUUGAAAAUAAAGUUUAUGACGUUUAACAAUUUAAA